AUGGCGGCCGCCCGCAGCCAGAGAAAGGGGCCGCGGACGCCCGUCACUCCUCGGCCGCGGCGCCCGCCGGGACGCGUAGUCCCCCGCCCGCCGCGCUCGCCGGCGUCCACCGAGGGCGGCCCGGCCGCCGGGCCGGGGGACACCCGGGGGGCCGGCGACGAGGAGGGGGACGACGAGGGGGACGAGGAGGGGGACGAGGAGCUCCCGCUCCCCGUCCCCGCCGGGCUCGGAAAGGGGUUUGGCGAUCACAUUCACUGGAGAACACUAGAGGACGGGAAGAAGGAAGCAGCUGCCAGCGGGCUGCCCCUCAUGGUCAUCAUCCACAAGUCCUGGUGUGGCGCUUGCAAAGCCUUGAAGCCCAAGUUUGCAGAGUCCAAAGAGAUCUCCGAACUCGCCCAUAAUUUCGUCAUGGUGAAUCUGGAGGAUGAAGAAGAGCCCAAGGACCAGGAUUUCAGCCCCGACGGCGGCUAUAUCCCUCGAAUUCUCUUCAUGGACCCCAGCGGCAAGGUGCACCCGGAGAUCGUCAACGAGAAGGGCAACCCAAGCUACAAGUAUUUCUACAUCAGCGCCGAUCAAGUGGUCCACGGGAUGAAGGAAGCUCAGGAAAAGCUGACAGGAGAUGCCUUCAAACUCAAACACUUAGAAGAUGAGUUGUAAGGGGGUGGGGCGGGGCUCGCCUCCCCUCCCUGUCUUGGGGGCCGGGGUGGGGAGGGAGGGGGCGGGGGGAGAAACGAACCUUCCGGAAGGCGGAGCCGACGCCCGGAGGAGCGCCUGGGGUGCCGGCGACAGUCGAGACGGUCCGGGUCUCACCGCGCCCCUCCGGCCGGCGCCCGGCCGCCACCACGGCCCGCAAGCCGGAGGGACGCAGAUGGACCCCCGUCGUGGCCGGCGUGCUCCUCCCCCAAGAGGCCGGGGCCCCCACCGCCUCCUCCCUCCUCCCUCAGUCCCGAGGGCCAACCGGCCGUUCAGCCUUGAUCGGCGCCGGGGGUCACUGGGGCCAUUUACGCUUCUUAGGUCACGACCGCCUUCUCCCCCCCCAGCCCCUCCCUUCCCUCCUGGGCUCGCGGGGUCCUGGCCUGGGGCCGGACACACACUCCCGGGAGCUUUUGGGAUCCCUCUGCCCUGCUUGGCUUUUUGUACCGGGGUUUGGAAGACGACCACUACUAAAACUUUUCAAAUAAAAGGAGGACAGUUGA